CGCGCGCACGCCCCUCCGGCUCUCAGGUCAGGCACCCGCUAGAAGCGGGCGCCGGCGCAGGCGCGCAGCGCAAAGGCGGCCGGGAGUAAGACGGAGCUGAAGGAGGAGCUUGAGGGAUGCGUGCUGGGAUGGGUGUGGCUGAUUUAGGAAGCCAGAGGAAAGGCACAGUUUUCACCGAAUUGGAAUCGCGGGAAAACAGAAGGGAGUUUGUUUGAAGGUCUCGCGAGAUCGAGUGAGUAAGGCGCGACAAGAGAGCUCUCGCGAUAGACUCAACAAGCAGCUACGAGGGGACGGGGGAGGUGGUGAGCACUCUCGCGAUAUUUGGAGGAGCAGCGACGACCAGAGGGAGGAGAGGACCGGAAGUCCUUCAUCUCAAGCGUCCAAUGCUGGAAGCGGCCGGACUUUCUCUACCGGAAGCCCUUUUCCAGAGGCUGGGAACCCGGCCCACCUGGCAGGAAGUCCCACCUUCUUGAGCUCCCCCACCCUUCCCGAAGUUUUUCUGUCAGCUGUGUUAGCCUCCGUCCCGUUUCCCAGGCUUAUUCCCUUACCAGAAAAGGAUACAUUUAGUGCCUCCUACCCAGCUCCACUAAACGGAUUGGAUACCUCAUUCUUUGAGUCGGGGUUCUUUCCCUGGCGUCCCCAUGUAGUUGGGAAGUGCGACCUGGGGGUGAUUGGACCCCUGGGAUCUUAAAGGAGGGGCAGGGAGGGCGCAGAACUCUGCUUCUGCUCAUUGCUACCAGGACGCGCGGCCUCCUCGGCCUCUCUCCUCCCGCUGCCAUGCACCCUGCAGCCUUCCCGCUUCCUGUGCUUGUGGCCGCUGUGCUGUGGGGAGCGGCUCCCAUCCGGGGGCUCAUUCGAGCGACCUCAGACCAUAAUGCCAGCAUGGACUUUGCAGACCUCCCAGCUCUAUUUGGGGCUACCUUGAGCCAGGAGGGACUCCAGGGGUUCCUUGUGGAGGCUCACCCAGACAAUGCCUGCAGCCCCAUUGCCCCACCACCCCCAGCCCCGGUCAAUGGGUCAGUCUUUAUUGCGCUGCUUCGAAGAUACGACUGCAACUUUGACCUCAAGGUCCUAAAUGCUCAGAAGGCUGGAUAUGGUGCCGCUGUAGUACACAAUGUGAAUUCCAAUGAACUUCUGAACAUGGUGUGGAAUAGUGAGGAAAUCCAGCAGCAGAUCUGGAUCCCAUCUGUAUUUAUUGGGGAGAGAAGCUCCGAGUACCUGCGUGCCCUCUUUGUCUACGAGAAGGGGGCUCGGGUGCUUCUGGUUCCAGACAAUACCUUCCCCUUGGGCUAUUAUCUCAUCCCUUUCACAGGGAUUGUGGGACUGCUGGUUUUGGCCAUGGGAGCAGUAAUGAUAGUUCGUUGUAUCCAGCACCGGAAACGGCUCCAGCGGAAUCGACUUACCAAAGAGCAACUGAAACAGAUUCCUACACAUGACUAUCAGAAAGGAGACCAGUAUGAUGUCUGUGCCAUAUGCCUGGAUGAAUAUGAGGAUGGGGACAAGCUGCGGAUACUCCCUUGUGCUCAUGGUGAGGCCCCCUCACUGUCUGCACAUGCCCCUAUGCCACUGGCAGCCUCUAGGCAUUUCACCUUGUUCCUCUCUGCAGCCUACCACAGCCGCUGUGUGGACCCCUGGCUCACUCAGACCCGGAAGACCUGCCCCAUCUGCAAGCAGCCUGUUCAUCGGGGUCCUGGGGAUGAAGAGCAAGAGGAAGAAACUCAGGGGCAAGAGGAGGGUGAUGAAGGGGAGCCAAGGGACCACCCUGCCUCAGAAAGGACCCCACUUUUGGGUUCCAGCCCCUCUCUUCCCACUUCCUUUGGUUCCCUAGCCCCAGCUCCCCUUGUUUUUCCUGGGCCUUCAACAGAUCCCCCACCCUCUCCUCCCUCUUCACCUGUUAUCCUGGUCUAGUAACCAUCCUCCCCACCACACACACCGGUGACCUAUUUGCACAGGCAUUUUCUUCCCUUGUCUUCUAAAUUGAGGGAUAGGGGACAUUUCCAUCCCAAGCUUCUCCCUUACCCAGACCUAUCCUUUUGAGGGGCCUUGGGGUGGGCUGGGACAAGCAAAGGGACUGAUCUUCACUUCUUGGGUUAAUAAAAUUGUUUUUGUGGACUAA